AUGAAUAACUCUCGCAACUUCCAUAACGCAAAUGAUGAAAAAAACUCUAAUCGCGAUGACCAAACAAUGCAAGAAGAUGAACAGGUCAAACGUAUGGUUGAAGGGCUGGGGAAAAGUAGCUAUAGAAGAAGAUACGAACAACAGUACGAGGAUGCUAUCGUUGAAUGCCUAAAAAAGGAGAAUUUGUCGGCUAUAAGUGGCAUAAUAAACCAGAAAUUUGCUACUUUGAAUAACCACUAUUCAUAUAUUAAAGAUUAUCUGGAAAGAUUAGUAUAUAUGUAUGCUGAUCUUACAAAUAGGGAAACUUCGAUAGAUUCUUUGAGAGGAUUUUAUGAAACAGAACAUAAAGAACCAAAUUUGUGGACGGACUACGUAAUCAUUAUUGUAGUCAUGGGUUUCUUUUUUGGUUGUCAAUUUGGGCUUCUUAUGAUAUUGAAGUUAGAUGAUGAAGAAGUUCCGUUAAACUUUCCUUCAGUCUUUACAUUCAUAUUUGCUACUAUGAUGAUAUUUCCUGAUUACAAGACAGCCAUCAAAAACCAGGUAAUAUCGGAGAAUAAGUUGCUUUCACUUAUGUCUUGGAUAGUAUGCUCCAUAAAAGUUCUCUUUUCAUUACUACUUUUGCCAUGGAUAAAAUAUAUUUUCUACAUUAUCUUGGCACAGCGAGAUCGAUUCUACAAUAUUGUUAGCUUCCUCCUAACAUUCGUCAUAGACUUUGGUAUCUCUUCAUAUCAAUGUUUUAUGUCAUUCAUCAAAAUUUUCAUUGUUGGUAUUAAGGGAUUUCAUUAA